CGCCCCAGGUGGGGAUGAGCCGGACCUCACCUGCUCGGGGACGCGCCGAGCGAGGGGAAGGCGGAGGGAUUCCUUGGAGAAGUGGUGCGUCCUGGGAUGAAAACUGUGGAAGAGAGCUGACGUGCCCCCGGAGCCCCUGAGCAGAAAGGGGCCAGGGAGCGGCUGGCAUGGGCCCCGAGCUGCCUGCACCUUGGCUGCUCCUCUUCACCUGGCUCCCAGCAGGGUGCCUGUCCUUGCUGGUGACCGUCCAGCACACGGAGCGCUACGUCACCCUGUUUGCCUCUGUCGUCCUCAAAUGUGACUACACCACCUCCGCCCAGCUCCAGGAUGUGGUAGUGACGUGGCGCUUCAAGUCCUUCUGCAAGGACCCUAUCUUUGACUACUACUCUGCAUCUUACCAGGCAGCUUUAUCCCUGGGCCAGGACCCCUCCAAUGACUGCAAUGACAGCCAGCGGGAGGUUCGCAUCGUGGCUCAGAGGCGGGGGCAGAAUGAGCCCGUGCUGGGGGUGGAUUACCGGCAGCGCAAGAUCACCAUCCAGAACCGAGCAGACCUUGUGAUUAAUGAAGUGAUGUGGUGGGACCAUGGAGUGUAUUAUUGCACCAUUGAGGCUCCAGGGGACACAUCAGGAGACCCAGAUAAGGAGGUGAAGCUCAUUGUUCUGCACUGGCUGACAGUGAUCUUCAUCAUUCUGGGAGCCCUCCUCCUGCUCCUGCUGAUUGGAGUGUGCUGGUGCCAGUGCUGUCCUCAGUAUUGCUGCUGCUACAUCCGCUGCCCCUGCUGUCCUGCCCGUUGCUGCUGCCCCGAGGAAGCCCUGGCUCGCCACCGGUACAUGAAGCAGGCUCAGGCCCUAGGCCCUCAGAUGAUGGAAAAACCCCUAUACUGGGGGGCGGACAGGAGCUCCCAGGUUUCAUCUUAUCCAAUGAACCUGCUGCUGCAGCGAGAUUUGUCCCUGCGAUCCAGCCUCCCACAGAUGCCAAUGAGCCAGACCACUGCUCACCCUCCCAUCACCAAUGGUGUCCUAGAGUAUUUGGAGAAAGAGCUGCGGAACCUCAACCCAGCCCAGCCUCUGCCCCCUGACCUCAAAGCCAUAUCUGGCCAAGCCUGCAGCAUGCUGUCCUCCCUGGGCUCUGAGGUUGUGGAACGCAGAAUCAUCCACCUGCCUCCACUGAUCAGAGACCUGCCGUCCUCCCAGAGGACCAGCAACUCCUCCCACCAACAGUGGCUCACUCCAAUUCCCCCUGGACCCUGGGAUCUGAGGGAGGAGAGAAGGCAGCCCCACUACUCUGCUUUUCACCAGGAGCUCCAGGACGGGGAGCCUAAGCGCCGAGCAUUGGAAGGACGGGAGCUGAACCAACCUCGGAGGGGAAGGCGCCACUGCUCUGGGCUGCGUGGGUUACCCACGCCCUGGGCAGACAGGGACAGCCUCAGUGACGGCCCCUCGUCCAGUGAGGCCCGCUGGUGGCCCAACCACCUAUCUGCUCGGAGCCACUACUCAGGCCGACCUCACAGGCCUGGCCCCCGGGAGAAUGCCCAGAGGCCCCGGAGGCGCAGGCCCCGCAGCUACUCCCCGCCCUUGCCUUCCGGCCUCAGUUCCUGGAGCUCUGAGGAGGAUGAGAAGGAGAGGCAGUCCCGGAGCUGGGGAACCCACCGCCGCAGCUCACACCCCUCACACUGGCCUGAGGAGAAGCCACCCAGCUACCGCUCGCUGGAUGUCAUGCCAGGCAAGAAUGGCAGGAAAAAAGGGAGUGUGGAGAGGCGCUCGGAGAGAGACAGCUCCCAUAGUGGAAGGAGUGUGGUCAUUUAGUCACCCGGCACAGCACUACUUCUUUGGCUACUUCUCAGCUCCGCAAGUCAUCAGCAUCACCUAGAUGUCCAGCUGACUUGGGACGGACUCUACCAAUCCGUUUCUAACAGUUCUGGCUUAGGUUCUGAGAAUAAAACAGAAGAAUAUUAAAAACAUGAGUUUGAGGGGUGCCUGAGUGGCUCAGUCAGUUGAGCGUCUGACUUUGGCCCAGGUCAUGAUCUCACGGCUUCUGUGUUCUAGCCCUGUGUUGGGC